UGCGAAACAAGGUCACCGAAGAGGGCGCACUCUACAACCGGCGAAAAAAUGGCUGCCUGCAAGUUUUCACUUUUGGUUCGCCAGUUCAGCACCUCUGGUGUUACACACCAGCUGGUGAAGCCUCCUAUCCAGGUCUUCGGGAUGGGUGGACGCUAUGCCACUGCUUUGUAUUCUGCAGCCAUGAAGGAGAAGAAGCUAGAGGUCAUUGAGAAGGAGCUCAAGUCAGUAGAGGAAACUAUGAAGAAGAAUGCUAUAUUGUCGAACUUCGUCGCCAAUCCAGUCAUCAGAAAACAAGACAAAAUCAGUAUUCUCACAGAGUUCAUGAAAGGCCAGAAGAUGUCACCAAUCACCAUCAACUUCUUCGGUGUCAUGGCGGACAACAACAGACUAGGAAAGUUGAAGGAAGUCCUUAAUGCGUGGGGUCAGAUCAUGAGCGCGCACCGAGGAGAGGUCGUCUGUAAGGUCACCACUGCCAAGAGUAUGGACGCAAGCCAACAGAAGGAGGUUAUGACUGCUCUUCAGGGAUUCCUUGACAAGAAGGAAGUCAUCAAACUAAACAUGGCGGUGGACUCCACCAUUCUCGGCGGAAUGGUUGUAGAAAUCGGCGACAAAUACAUUGACAUGUCAACAGCCACUCAAGUUAAGAACAUGACCAACUUGAUAAAACAGAGCAUUUAAUUUAGCUUUGCUGACAUCUGCGGCAUGUUUGGAUAUCACCAGAGGGCGCUGUUGCAUAGUAAUGAUACAGAUUCUGUUUUAGUUUGUGCGGACAAGAUGUUUUAGUCUAGUACCCAGUGUUCUCAUGCAUUAAGUUUGGGCCGAGUUUGAAGGAUAUCUGACCAUGUUGCAUUUGUCGAUAUUAUUGUAGGAAGAGAGUUUUUUUAAAUAGAGUUUAAAGAAUUCACCGAGUCGGAUCUUAUGAGAAGUAUGAAUAAAGUUGAUUGGGAUAAUAACUAAGGGAUUACUCCAUAAAUAGUGUCAUCAGAAAAACUUGUUAAUGGACAAAUGUCAGAUUUUUCAGGUGGGGCUUUGACAGUUUUAAAAAAUCUAUACUUUGGUUGUUUUCCCUGGACACAAAGAAGAUUGAAGUGUCGCCUAACAUCAACCUGGGCCUAGUUUCAUAGAGCUGCUUAAGCACAAAGAGUAAGCUAAACAGAACAAAAUGUUGCUUACCAGAAUAUGGUUAUCAGCUAUAAAACACUGUCAAAUAUACCAUUUGUGACUGAUAUCCUACUCAUUUCUGCUAAGCAGGAAGUUGUUAAUAACAAGUUCUGUGAAAUUGGGCCCGACUGACAUCUGGGCAUUGAAUUUAUCAGCCUGUUGGUGAUGACAUAUCUUGAAAACAAAUUCUUUAAAAGGUGCAUGAUUGAGUUUGGAGUGUGUAUUUAAUUUCAUGGAUUUCAGAAUUUAUCAGACAGUUAUAAGUAACCUUCAAUUGAGAAGACAGUUUUACUUGGCAGCAGGGCCAUAACGCUUGGUAGCACACACAUUUCUGCUUAGCAAAGAAAUUUGUCAAGCAGUAUCUGUGAAAUUGUAUCAAGUUCAACUGUGUCAACUCUUAACCAGGCUUUGUAAUGUCUUCACGGUAUUGUUUCUUCCUUGACACAAAAUACCCAUAACAGUUUCAGAUGCAGACAGACUCACUGUUCAACAGAUUGUUCUACUAUUACAAUAAAUCCAAAUAAAUAUGAUUGUUUUUGUGAUUUGAAUUUA